GCGGAGGCAGCGACGGAGCGGAGGGCCUGAGUCACCUGACCGCUGCCCGCGCCGCCGUCAGGAUCGCUGGGCUGCCGUCAGUCGGGCCGCGCCGCUUCGCCUCGUUUCGCCUCGGCUCCUCCGGUUUGAUGACGUUUAGAAGCAUGCUUUCACUGAAUUGCCCAGCACCAUUUGUUACACAGAAUGUCUCUGAGUGUGAGUUCAGUUUUUGCCUAUGAGUCUUCAGUGCACAGCUCUAACAUCUUGCUCAGUCUCGACGACCAGCGGAAGAAGGAUGUGCUUUGUGAUGUCACUGUGUUGGUGGAGGGCCAGCGCUUCCGCGCUCACCGCUCAGUCCUGGCAGCAUGCAGCAGCUACUUACACUCUAGAGUCAUAGGCCAGGCUGAGGCACAGCUUCACAUUACUCUGCCAGAGGAGGUGACAGUUAAAGGAUUUGAACCUUUACUUCAAUUUGCCUAUACCGCUAAGCUGUUUUUGAGUAAAGACAAUGUGGAUGAGGUGUGCAAGUGUGUAGAAUUUUUAGGCGUGCGUGACAUCGAGGAAUCCUGCUUUCAGUUUCUCAAAUGUAAGUUCUCGGACUCCACUGCACCAGACAAGCAAGAAUGUCCAAGAAUAAAAUGCUUCCCAACGCACUGUCAAAAAACAGACCUCAAAUUUUCACUUUCAGGCCAGAGAGAGUUGGAAAUUGAUGAAGUGGAGGAAUUUUGGGAAAACAAAAAUGACCAGAUGCCUCACUGUAAACUUCGCAGGUACCAAGGAAAUGCAAAAGUGUCCCUUCCUCUACAAGACAGUGCCAGUCAAACGUGUGAGUCCAUGUGCUUAGAGAAGGAUGCUGCUCUGGCCCUGCCAUCCUUGUGCCCCAAGUACAGAAAGUUCCAAAAAGCAUUUGGAACGGACAGAGUGCGUCCUGUGGAAUCCAGUGUCCGAGAUGGUCACACUUCUUGUGUUCAGCCAAAUGAAACAUCUGAGAGUGAAUGUCUAGCAGGAAUUCAGGAAUGUGCAGAUUUGCAGGUGAUUUUAAAAUGUGAAGAAAGCAAAUUGUCAAUGGAACAUGAAGAACCCAAGAAGAAAGAACCUGCUUCUCAGUGUUCCUCCGAGAAAACUGAGGUGACUUCUCUACCCCACACUUCUUCUGCAGACCCUCACGGACUCUAUACCCUGUCCCUUUUACACACAUAUGACCAAUAUGGUGACUUGAAUUUUGCUGGUAUGCAAAAUCCGACAGUGUUAACUGAAAAGCCGUUGCCAGGUACAGAUGUUCAUGAAGAGAAAUUAUUUGGCGAAAACCAAGAGUUGCAUUUGAAAUCUGACUCUGGCCCCCGGGAAGACAGCAACCUUACCUCAAGUGAUCGGAGUAGUGUGGAGCGGGAGGUAGCUGAACACCUUGCAAAAGGCUUCUGGAGUGAUAUUUGCAGCACCGAUUCUCAGUGCCAAAUCCAGUUAUCAUCUGCUGGGACCAAAGAUGGUUCAGAGCAGAAUUACCCACAGAAACGGUCUGAGUGUCCUUGGCUCGGGAUCAGAAUCAGCGAGAGCCCAGAACCUGGUCAGAGGACUUUCACGACAUUAAGUUCUGUCACCUGUCCUUUUAUCAGUACGCUGAAUACGGAAGGCUGUUCUAGCAACUUGGAACUUGGAAACGAUGGUUAUGUUUCAGAGCCCCAGCAGGAACCUUGCCCAUAUACUUGUGUGAUCAGCUUGGGUGAAGACUCUGAGACGGACACUGAAGGAGACAGUGAAUCCUAUUCAGCCAGAGAACAAGAAUGUGAGGUUAAACUGCCAUUUAAUGCUCAACGAAUAAUUUCACUCUCUCGAAAUGAUUUUCAAUCAUUGUUGAAAAUGCAUAAGUUGACUCCAGAACAACUAGAUUGCAUCCAUGAUAUUCGAAGAAGAAGUAAAAACAGAAUUGCUGCACAGCGUUGUCGGAAGAGAAAACUCGACUGUAUACAAAAUCUUGAAUCAGAAAUUGAGAAGCUGCAAAAUGAAAAGGAGAGCUUAUUAAAGGAGCGAGAUCACAUUUUGUCUACGCUGGGUGAGACAAAGCAAAACUUAACUGGACUAUGCCAGCAGGUCUGCAAAGAAGCCGCUCUGAGUCAAGAACAAAUACAGAUUCUUGCCAAGUAUUCAGCCUCAGAUUGCCCGCUCUCAUUUUUAAUCUCUGAUAAAGGGAAAAGUACUCCUGAUGGUGAACUUGUGUUUCCAUCCAUUUUGAGUUUACCUGAGAAGCCUCCAGCCAUGCCAGCUGCUGUGGAGCCAAACCCACACUAUUCGAGCACCAGCAGGAGCGGCGAGUCAGGCUGCCCACAGGGUCAGGAGUCUGGACCCACGCCCAGCACCAAGCAAGCAGGGCUCAUGGAACAGUGUCGGCCCAGUGGUGGCAUCUCCGAUUUCUGUCAGCAGAUGACUGAUAAAUGUACUACUGAUGAGUAAAAUUGCACUCCCUCUUCCUUCCAACCAUCUGAUUUUCUGCCACAGUUUUGACAUUGUCUCAGAAGUGUAAUAUAACCAUCUGUCUCUUACCAAUGUUUUUAAUUGUUGGCUAUUAAGGGAGUUCUCUGAGUUCUUCUUGAUUUUUAAGGGAAUUCUUCCUGAUUUUUACGAGAUACAGAAAAGCUUUGGCUUCCUAGAUACCGAAAAAUCACAUGUAAAAGUGUUGCCAAGUUUUUUUAAAACUCAUGCUUCAAAGAGUGAUUUUAGUAAUCACUUUUCCCAGUAUUCAGAAUAAAUAUGAGAGUGAAAGCUGCAACACUAUGGAAAAAGAAUAUAACAGCUUAAAAGUAUCUAUAGACAGUUUUCACUACAGAAGUAGCCCACACAAAUUUAUUAGUAUAACUCUUUUGUAGUAUAGUGGUGUGGGAAAAAACACUUCUCCCCAGGCAGUGCUAAAAGAGUUCUGAUCUGUUCAGAGAUGAGAUCUCAGCUACUCAGGAGUGUUAGUAUGGAACUCCAGUGUGAAAAAUUAAAUCAGCAGUAUCACACAGCAUUGCUCUUCAACUUCUCCCAGAACGAGUGGUUGCAUGGCUUACAUUGUGAUCCCUAAACUUCACUGGGAAUAAUUAAUAAAAGGGUUGACUGAGGCUUCCUCUUCUCAGUAUCAACACAGAAAUUGAAUAUGCAUUAAUAUAGGGAAAAAGUUCUUUUCUGUGUUGUGCUUUU